AUGCCAGCAUCUGAUCAACAAUUGCAUUCGUUUAAUCAGGAUUUUAUUUCUUCAUUUUCACCAUUAUUUCCUUCAAAUAUACAUAAAUCAAGUUUAACUAUAUCACCUGAACAAAUACAGUUAUCAGCAUCAACUACAGUUACAUUAGCAUGGAAUAUUCAUGAUCAUAUACUAACAUCAAAUGAUACAAUCGGAAUAUUUCUACCAGAUAAAUUAAUUUCCAAUGAUGUUAUCGAAAAUGUAUAUACAAAUGUAAAUGCUUUAAAAAUUGGACAAUAUCAUUGGCACUGUACACAAAUUUUAAUAGAUAAAUUAGUUAAUUCUAACACUGUGUGCUUUCAAUAUUAUAAUCCUGCUACUGGUGAAAUAAAGGCUCAAUCAUCUUCUAUACCGCUUAUUCAUGAUGAUGAUAAUAAUAAUGAUAAUAUACCAAAUAUUAUGAAUGUAGCACGACCAAUAUCAAUAAAAAUUUAUGAUCUUCAUGCAACAAAUUUACAUCGUGGUGUAUUUUUUAAACCUGAUCCAUACAUAAAAGUAUCAUUGAUAACUGGUCAACUUCAUAAACAAUUACGAACAUCAUCUCAUUUUCAUAAUCAAGAAAAACGAACAAAUGUUAUACCGAACACAUGUCAUCCUAAAUGGUAUAAUCAAUCGUUUACAUUUCAAACAUUUUAUACAGAUCUAUUGGAAUUUGAAGUCAAAGAUAAAUUUGUUAAAACACGACCGACAAUGAAUCGUUUUCUUGGAAAAUUAACUAUUCAUGUUGGAUUUUUAAUUGAUAAAUUAAAUAAAAAUACAACAACGUAUGUUUUUAAUCUUCAACGACGUAAUUUUUCCGAUCAUGUUAGUGGAUGUUUAAUGUUCAAUGCUGCCAUAGUUAGAGCUGAACUACAAACAAUAGAAAGACCAUUACCGGAUGUCAGUCCAAUAGCAAAUGUCAAUCAAUCAGAGCAAGAAACUAUUCCAGUUAACGACAAUAAUGUUUCAUCAAUAAAUGAUAGUGAAGAAAGAAUAAAUCAUGUUUCAUCCGAAGAAAAUAAUACAUCUAAUCAAGUUGAUGCCUCAACAUCUCUCAUAUCAAAUGAUCAAUCGUUAGAUUCAUCGACAACAUCACUAGUAGACGAAUCAUUAUCAACAGUUUCCGAUCAUACUAUUAUAGACGAUGAAUCAACAAAUGAUGCUAAUCAGAUGUUGUUGAAUAUUUCUUCUAAUCAACCUAGAAUAACUACUAGUAGUACUAUUCUAACGCAUUGUUCUUUAUUAUCAUCAUACCAAGGACAUGAUGAAGAACAAGAAGAAAUAAACGAAGACAACAUCGAUGACAAUCAACAACGUCGACGAAGUCAAGAAGAAGUACACACGUCAACGCAUAAUUGCGAUGUCGGAUCAACUAAUGUCGUUGUCCCUUUCACGACAAAAAAGAAACUAAAACACUGUUAUUCAUCGUCGACCUUACUUCCUUCACUUAUCCCACGUUCGUCAAGUACAAUACCGACUACACCGACGAAAGCAAUGCUUCGACAUCAUCAUCAGCAUUCACAUCAUGAUACCUAUCGAACAUUACAAUUGCCUGUCAAUUCAACAAAUAAAUUGUUACUCAUAACAUCUAAUAGUCAAAAUCAAUCAAUAAAAGCAACAGCAACAGUGUCUGAAAAUAAUUUACAAAAAACUGGAAAUCCAAUUCAUACUAUAACAUAUAAUAAUCAUCAUAAUAACAGUAACAGCUGUUUUGAUGAUGAAAGUGUUCGAACGUUAUCAAGAGAGCUUCGUCAAGCUGCUCGAGAUCUUCAUCGUCUUCAAUCAAAAUAUGAACCGCUCCCAGCAACAUCUGAUGCAAAUACUACUACUACUACUACUACUACUACAGAUGGCUCAUCUGCAGAACAAACACGAGAAUUAAUUACACGCGAAUUGCAACAAUGGCACAAGCAACAAGUAUCAAAGUACAAAAAUUUAACGACACUAUCAAGGAGAAAUUCCGAGACAACAACUGAAUGCAAUUCAUCACCAAUAUUACAUAACAAAGAAGCAGAUAGUAUAAGUGCAGUUGCACUGCCAUCAACUGAAGAUUCGAGAACAAUAGGUUCAUCUUCAUUUAUUGUUACUGAAGAAUCAAUUAUAGUACCACCAAUUAUGCCGACAUCUCUAUCAAUUACGAAUACAAAUGAUAAUUCUAUUCAUCGAAAUAAUUCAAGGUUAAAAGAAUCCGCAUUUAUGGUUACACUACCACGUAAACCAGUUACAGUUGAUACAAGACCUGCACAAACACUAGCAACUGAUCCUCCAUCACCACCGAUAAUUAAUGCUUCGCCUCCUUUACCUUCCGGGUGGGAAAGUCGAAUUGAUCAAUUUGGCCGACCUUAUUUCAUUGAUCAUAAUAAUAAAACAACAACAUGGCAACGUCCAUUAAUAGUAGCUCAUUCAAUUGUUCCAAGUCCUCGUCUUCCAAUUACGACAACUGCUGCUAUUGUCACUACUCCGUUGAAUUCAUCUCCAACCAUUGAUCGUGAACGAAUGGAUAAACGUUAUCAAAGUAUUAGACGAACAACAUCAAAUAAAAUAGGAAAUUCAUCUAUUGUUGAUUCAUCGAAUGUUAUUUCUUCAUCUCCUUCGUCUUCUGAUAAUAAUAACAAUAAUAAUGCAAAUAAUGAUGUAUCAUCAUCAUCGUCCUCCUCCUCCUCCUCAUCAACUUGUUCGCCAGCACAAACAACAGAAGACUAUGUUCGUACAACUCCAGCUUUAAAAUUUAUAUGUCGAUCAGAUUUUUAUCAAUUUUUUAAAACACAUCGGGAAGCUCGUCAAAUGACAAAAUCCGAUUCAUUAGCCGGUAUUCUACAACGUAUACGUCAUGAUCCGUUACUAUUUAAAAGAUAUCAACAUAAUAAAGAACUUGUACGUUUUCUUAAUUUAUUUUCUGAUCCAACACGAACGUUACCAUCACGUUGGGAUGUUAAACAUGAUGAUAGUGGAAAAGUAUUUUUUGUUGAUCAUAAUACACGUUCAACAACAUAUAUUGAUCCACGUUUACCAACUAGUGAUGAAGAGCAACCUGUAGCUGCUAUGGCAUUACCCUUAUCGAUUCGAAAUGAUGAAAAUUCAACAACAUCUUCUCGUACAAAUAAAAAACCACCAGAACUGAUUACCAUGACAUAUAAUGAAAAAGUUGUUGCUUAUAUGAGACAAACAAAUAUAUUCGAUUUAUUAAAAGCAAAUCAGCUUGUACCAUUAACAAAUAAAUUACGUGAAAAAAUUCAAUUAAUUCGUAAUGAAGGUGUUCGAGCAUUGGAUACAUUAUCUAAUUCUGUUGAUUUAAGUUUGAUUAUUAGUGUCUUUCAUGAGGAUAUUAUGUCGUAUAUUCCACCAUUAACGCAAUCAGUUACUGUUACAACAUCACAUUCAGUUUCAUCAUUUAUUACUUCAUCACCAAGCACAACAUUUGUUGUUGAACAUGGUAAACCAUCAUCAUCAUCAUCAUCAUCAUCAUCUCGACGUUCAUCAACUCAACACCCAUCAUCAUCAUCAUCAUCAUCACGGCGACCGUGUUUCCAACAAAAAUUACGUUCUUUCUAUAAAAAACUUGAUUCAAAAGGUUACGCAACAGGUCCAGCUAAAACUAAAGUAUCCAUAUCACGAAAUAAUUUACUUGCUGAUGCAUUUGAAAAAUUUAUGAAUCAAAUUCCGAAAAAGGAUUUACAACGAAAUAAAUUAUUUAUUACAUUUACAGGUGAAGAAGGUCUUGAUUAUGGUGGACCAUCAAGAGAAUUUUUUCUACUGAUGUCAAGACAAUUUUUCAAUCCAUAUUAUGGAUUUUUUGAAUAUUCAGCUAGUGAUCAAUAUACAUUACAAAUAAGUCCUAUGUCAAAGUUUAAUGAAAAUUAUACCGAAUGGAUGCGUUUCGGUGGACGUAUGCUUGCUGUGGCAUUGAUAAAUCAAUACCUAGUUGAUGCAUUUCUUGUGCGUCCAUUAUACAAAGCUUUAUUACGUGAACAUCAAUCAUUUACAUUAGCUGAUUUAGAAUCUCUUGAUCCAGAAUUUUAUCAAUCAUUAUUAUGGAUAAAAGAAAAUAAUGUCGAAAAUCAAGAUUUAUUUUUUUAUGUUAAUGAAGAUCAAUGUGGUAAAAUCAUUGAAAAAGAAUUAAAACCCGAUGGAAAAAAUUGUCAAGUUACCGAACGUAAUAAACGUGAAUUUCUCGAUUUAAUUAUUAAAUGGCGUAUUGAACGUGGAGUACAAGAACAAAUCGAUUGUUUCGUACGUGGUUUUUAUGAAAUUAUCGGUGAUCAUAAAUUAAUCUCAUCAAUGUUUGAUGCACGUGAGUUAGAGUUGGCUUUAUGUGGCACCAUGGAAAUUGAUUUAAGUGAUUGGCGUGUAAAUACAGAAUAUCGUGGUGGUUAUCAUGCUCAACAUCAUGUUAUUGAAUGGUUUUGGUUUUGUGUUGAAAAACGUUUUGAUAAUGAACAACGCUUAAAACUAUUACAAUUUGUUACUGGUACAUCAUCGAUACCCUAUGAAGGUUUUUCAGCCUUGCGUGGUUCGAAUGGACCGAGACGUUUCUGUAUUGAGCGGUGGGGUAUAUCCGAUGCAUUACCGCGUGCACAUACAUGUUUUAAUCGUCUAGAUUUACCGUCGUAUACAUCCUAUGAUAUAUUGCAUAAUAAAUUAUUAUUAGCUAUUGAAGAAACAAAUACAUUUGGAAUCCAAUAG